UUGAGUUUCAUUAAAUUGGCGAUUUAAGUUCAAGUUCUGACUUAGAACUUUCUUUUUGUGUAAAAAAGAAGCGGUAGCGGUACAGAGUGGCCACCAUUUGGCCAAGAAUAUACAGAUACCAAAUUAAAUUGAUAUGCAGCGAAGUGCAACGAAGAGAGUGCCCCAUUACUAGCAAUCUGCGGUGGGUGCCCACUUUUGCUCAGUCGUCUGAGAACGGUGCAACGGUGUAAACAUGUUGAAGAUUUCGAUCUCAAUAACAAUUUUCCAACUGCUCUGGCUGGUGUCCUUCGUUGGAGCCUACAGCCUUCCGCCGAUGGUGCAGAUGGGCGGUGCAAUUGUGGCUGCCGUGGAGCAGGACGCCGAGCAGGAAGCUGCCUUGGAGGAGCGGCAGCGAGUGGAGCGGGAGUGGCUGGCGAUGGCCGAAACCCAAUUUCUCAGCCUGAUCAACGACGAUCUGAGUCCAGAGGAGGUAAACAACAUGCUGGACAGCUGGUCAACAGAAGGUCGCGGCAAGCACAAGAAGCAAAAAAAGCUAAUGAAAAUGGUUUAUCCCCUACUGGCUGCGGCAGCUGUUGCAAAAAUAGUAUUGCUGCCUUUGGUUCUAAAAUGGCUUACUGCACUUUCGGCCUCAUCGUUUGUCAUGGGUAAAAUCGCGUUGGCCACCUCUGGACUGUUGGCCCUUAAAUGGAUAUUGUCCGGAGGACAUGGACACGAUCGCCUGGAAAUCGUUCAUUCUCAUGCGCCAGUCGUGAAGGGGUUGCAUAGCACGGACCUCUCCGGCAGUGCCAGCAGUUGGAUGCCCAUUCGACAGCCCUUUAUACCCUUGGGACUAUCAAAAGAUCAUAACUUUGAGAACCUGUAUAAACCAUUUUUAUAGACUCAGCCGGAACGAAAGUAAAAUGGUUUAAAAGGAAGAAAAAGCAAAAGUCCUGUUACAAAAAAAAAAAUUUUAGUUGCUCUGAAAGUAUGAAAGCUAACAAAUUGUAGAGAAUAAAUGUAAAUAUCAAUCUAGUGUUAAUAUGCAAUCAUAUCAGAUUGACCAUCAUUACAAAUAUCACUUUUCCGGUAAAGUGUUGGCCAAUAGGCAAAUAAGGCCACGUAACUCCCAGCUUCAUCAACGACUAAUUAGCACAUGACUCGCUCGACUUUGACGACGUUACGUGUGUACGCAAGGCAAAAAUUAACAGCACUGCGGUUCCGUUAUGCAUAAAACGGUUUAUUGCGCAUGCGCACCGUCGGCCAGCCCUCAAAUCCCCAUCAAAAAUCCCGGGCAAUCGACCAGUGGGCAGAGCCAAGCCAAGCCAUCGACGUUGUCGAAUUGGAAGCGGCACUUCCGCAAGUGCCUGUUGCAAUAAGCGCCGACAAACGACAGUCCGGCUUAUGUAAAGAGCACGACCGAAAGCCAAAGUCAACAAACAGGUUGUCACAAAUCAAUCAGCAUGCUGCAGCCGAUGCAAUGAAGACCCACGAUCAACGCCUUGGGUGGUUCGAACUCUUUGAUUGUGGGAGCGGCAAAUCGAAAAUAAAACUCGACAGCAAUAGAACAUUAGUCGACAUUAAAAACUUUCUUUUCGUAAGAGUAAAAUAAAUAUUUUAUCCAAUAUAUUUAUAAGGUUAAGACAUGUUGAGUUUAUCUGCACAGGAGUUAGAACAUAUUUUUUAACAUACAAGAAAUAACAAAAUUAGAAGGACUUUCAA